UGCGCCGCUGUUGUUGUGUCUCCUGUGAAGUUUGGUGAAGAUGGAGUUCAAACUCAUCAUGGCGGUCUCCGGCUUCCCGAGUCUCUACGACACCAACUCUCUGACCUACAGGGACCUGAACAUGAGGAGCGACGCCUGGCGGCAGGUGGCGGAGAUGGUCGGUGUCCCCGAGUCUGAAUGCAGAAGGAAGUGGAAGACGCUGAGAGACCAACACCGGAGGGAGCGGCAGCGAGAGAAGGAAAGACGAGAGAGCGGCAUCGGGCUCUUCAACUACCGGCCGUGGAGAUACUCGUCCAUUCUGUCGUUUUUAAACCCGUUCAUCGACGCCAGGGCCGCAGGCACCAACGGCUGGGCCCUGGACCCACAGCCCUCUCACCUCCACGCCGUCGACAUGGUGGGCUGCAUCGCCACCACGGAGACGCGGAGCGACGAUGAUGAGACCUACGGCUUCGCUGUCGCAGAUGCAACGUCAUCGUCAUCGUCCUUCUCAGAGUGCGUCCAGAGGAAGCGACCGUCACCCGCCAACGGAGACGCCGUCAGACUGAAACAAGCAAAGAUUGAGCCCUCGGAUCAGCCGGCGCCCCCUGCAGUCCUGCAGCCCGACCUGCAGCCUCUCCUGCACCGCCAGGCUCACGGCAGCCCGUCCACGUCGAGGCUGAACCACCAGAUACCAGCGGAGCAGGACGUCGUGGCGAGGGAGAUGUUAGAUCACAGUGACGACGACGACGAGGAGUUCAGCAUGUCCCCGAGACCGACCCGAGCCCGGGGGAGGAGCGGCGGCUACGGCGACGGCCUCCUGGUGGAGUACCUGAGGAGGAUGGAGGGCAGGGAGGUGCCGAGGAACCUGGACGUGGACCAGAGAGACGACGUCACCUUCUUCCUGCUCAGCUUGGCUCCGGCCAUGAGGAGACUCUCUGCAGAAAAGCAGUCGUUGGUCAGAACCAAGUUUCAGCAGCUUCUUCACGAGGCCGAGUUCGGAACCACGGAUUUCCAGUGAUUCCCAAAAUUAUUUAUACCUGAACAUUUGUACAAAUACUGCAUGGACGACAUUCAAGAGGACUAAGAUAAUAUUUUAUUCACCGACAGAGACGUUUUCUUUCUUACUUUUAUAAUAAUGUAGAUAAACUUUAUUAAGUUUCUGCUGCUGUUUGUAAUAAAAUCCUCUUGUAACUGU